AUGGAACCAUUACCAUCCUAUGGUAAUACCGAAUCAUCAUCUAAUACAAAUGUUUCAACAUCAGUUUCACUUUCGAUUGUUGAUCAAUAUGGAAAUAAAGUCGCUAUUGAAGCAAAUCAUAGUCAUCCAAUUGAAAUCAUCAUUCCAUGUGAUCCUAAUUUGAUCAUCCCAACAAUGGUACUACAAAAUGUCACUAAUUCCACACUUCAUCAACAAUUAUUCAAUUUACAUUAUCGUACUCAAAGUCAUCAAUCACUCGUUUUCGAUUUACGAGAAUUAAAUUCCACAGAAUCUGUUAAUUAUUGUUCGAAUUCUCAACUGAUCAAUCCACCAAUUACAAAUAAACGAUUUAAUUUCACAUCGAAUUAUGAAUUGAGAAUCUAUAUAUCCGGUUGUUAUUAUCUCAAUAAAAAUAAUCAAUGGAAAUCAGAUGGAUUACGUGUUGGUCCACUGACUAAUCAUAAUGAAACACAAUGUUUUUCAACUCAUUUAACAACAUUUGCAGGUGGUUUUCUUGUCUUACCUGAACCAGUCAAUUGGCAAUAUGUUUUUGCUCAUACUAAUUUGAUGAAAAACAAAACUGUUUACUUGACUUUUAUCUGUGUCGCUUUGAUUUACUUUAUUCUAAUGAUGUAUGAUCGUUAUAAAGACAGAAAAGAUGAUAAAAAUAUUGAACGUGUUUUACCUGUUGCCAAUGAAAUGGUGAAGAGUAUACUUGUCAUUGCACACGAACAUAUUGGUUUUGGUAUCAUCAUUGCAUUAUUAGUCGAAAUCUUUCGACGACUUCGACCAUGUCGAAAACCUAUUUCUCAAUUAAAACAAUUGAAAAUAAAGAAACAAUAA